GGUCGACAAAACGUCUUUUUUGGAAAAUUUUAAAAAUUUGUGAAUUAAUUUUGCUUUAAUUCAACAACUGCACCACCGGUUCUCUUGUAUUUUUAUAACAAAUUAAGUCGUUCUCGCAAAAUAACGCGAAAAAUGCUCCUGAAUGGAUCGAUAAUAUCUGUUGAAUGUUUAAAGGAUAAAUUCAAUAAUCCACGUCGGACUUCGGAAAGUAAUUCGUAAGUGUUAUUGAACUAAUUUUUCCCGGAUUCUUCUGCCGCUCUAGUUGUAGCUCUUGGGCCAUUUCCAUGCCCUCAGGGUCUACCGCUACUCAUGAAAAUAAUGAAAUUUCGAUUCUUCAACUUAAUUCACAUGCCAACUUCCGCCGGUGAUCAAUAAAAAUUCAGAAAGAAAAGUUCUGCCUUUCUGUGAAUGGGUACGUCUCAUUCAAGUCCAGGUAAAGAGCCCCCACCACCCUCUGCCCCUAGGGAACCAAAGGGACCAAAUCAUAAAUCUGAAGUUCAACAUAAACUUGCGGAAUGGAUUCUAGUUUGGUAGGCAUAAAUCAUCUAGAGACAGGCCCAACGUGAAUGGAAUUUAUGGAACUCGAAAAAGUCCUAGUCCUAGACAAACAACAAUCUUCAAACAUUGGCAGUUCCCAAAGCAAGAAAACGGUCAAUGGAAGAGCGCUGUUUCGGUGGUGGUUGUACGUCAUCCCCCGAGCUUGCGUCUGCACAAGGUCUGGCCGGGUUCACUACAACGUCACCGAUUCGCUGAUAAGGAGAAAGGGACGAGAGGGCGGGAGGGAGGAGAGUGAGUCCGGCGUCGCGAGGUCUGGGUCGACCAACGACCAACAUUUGGGGCAGGAUACGAGUCCAUGUUGGAGAGAGACAAUUCCUGUAAAAGGGAGCAAGACAUGUGUGUGGGUGGUACCCUUGGGAGUCCUCUUACGUCACUCGACGGAGUGGCGACGGUGAUAAGAACGGGGCCACCC